AUGGCUCAGAAUCAACCAAUCUUUCCAAUAAAGCCAGAAGAACAUUCAGUGCACAUUCCCGUCAGCAUCGAGCGUGAUUCAACCACACUCACAAACUCAAACCAGAAACCAAACCACUGGCCAACUAUCCUCUUCUCAACCAUCUUCGUCAUCAUAGGCCAAUCCAUAGCCAAACUCCUCGAAAACUUCUACUACGACAAAACCAACCGAACUGAGAUCAACCAACACCGUCAAGACGACGGCGUAUGGACUCAAUCUCUCCUCCAAACCGUCGGAUUCCCUCUCCUCCUCCUCCCUUUCAUCAUCCUCACAACCAAAAAACACAACAACACUUCCGUCCAAUUCCACUACAAAUCCUUAGCGGUAAUCUACAUCUGCAUAGGAAUCAUCAUGUCGGUUCAAGGAAGACUCUCCGCAAUGGGAAAGCUCGAGAUACCGUUUCUUCUCUUCACACUCAUCUACCCAACAACGCAACUCCUCUUCACUCCCAUCUUCGCACGCUUCAUCAACAAAAUCAAGUUCAACAGAUGGGUCGUCAUCUCAUUGGUGUUAGCCGUCGGCACCGUAGCUCUCUCCUUUACAUCCACGUUCGGCGGGGAGCCAGGCUCCUCGGAGGAGAGUUUCUCAAGAGGCAUCACGGCUGCUCUCUUCGCCGGCGUAUGCUUCUCUCUCUUCCUCUGUAACAUCCAAAACGUCUUCGACAACUAUAUCUUCAAACGCACGGAAUCUUCAACCACCAUAAGGAAACCAAGUUUUGCUUCCGUUUUCGAAGUCAUAAUCUUCUCUUCCCUCGUAGCUACACUCAUCUCUGUAGUGGGUCUUCUCGUCGCCGGGGAGCAACACGAUUUGAAGAGGGAGAUGAGUGGUUUCCAAAAUGGGAAAGGUGCGUAUGUUAUGGUUAUGGUGGGACAAGCUGUUUCGUGGCAGUUGUAUUGGGUUGGGAUCGUGGGACUUGUCUUCUCUGUUUCGAGCGUGUUGUCGAAUGUGAUUAGUGUCGUUACGUGGCCCAUAGUGUCGGUGCUUGUUGUGAAUUUAUUUGACUUUGGGAACUUCACGGGGGAAGGCGAUGAUGAGUUUGAUAUUUUCAAAGGUGUCGCUUUGAUUACUGCCGUGUUAAGCGUUGCCGCUUAUUUCUUUAGGCUUCACAAAGAGAAUCGUGAUAGUGCGUAUUAAGUUUUUUUAUUUUUCCUUUUUGAUUUGUUGGUAAAUUAAAUAAUCAUAAAUAGUUUUAUUGUUUAUUUGUGUGUAAGUAUUAGUAUGUUGCUACAAAAUGUAAUUUAUCUAAUUUAUCUAUUUCAGACAUUGGUUUCAUGGUC